UGCAAAGAGCCAUAAAGAUUGUCACCAUCAACCCUAACAGUUGCCAUUGCAAAAUGAGAAGGGAGCCAAAGCACUUGUUAAUAAGCUAAAGACAACUGAAAUGUCCACACGACCUGAAAUAACAUUAAGCCUUCCAUAAAUUCUCCAGGUAUCAGUUGCUUGCUCCAAGGAAAUAUUCCCCACUCCUAAUUGCUAUAUGGGAUACACAGACAGAAAACAGAAGCGUCUAAUUAUGAAGCCCCAGAAGACUCAUCUUUCCCGCCGGGAACAUUGUCAGAGGUUAGAACAUGAGAUUGGGAGAACUCUUGCGAUCUCUUUCAACAGGAAUGCAGCUACAGGUCACAAGUUAAACAUGAAGCAAGGAUCAAGCCUUCUUUUUUGUUCUACGGUGCUGCUAGUGAUGCUUAGUUGUAACCAUGAAGUUGCUGCAGAAGAAAACUCUCAACAACCUCAAGGAACUUGUGCAAAUUGGAUGUCUGGAGCACCAGGUCACCCAGGUCAUAAUGGAGAACCGGGGAGAGAUGGACGGGAUGGAAGAGAUGGCCAAAAGGGAGAGAAAGGAGAUCUAGGUGGACCUGGUGAAAGGGGAGAUCCAGGACCCUCAGGAGUUGCUGGUGUUUUAGGUCCUCCAGGAGUGCCAGGAUUUACAGGACUCCCAGGAUCAAAGGGGGAAAGGGGGGAAAGUGCCACUGUCUAUCGAUCUGCCUUUAGUGUUGGUUUAACAUCCAGAGUUUCUUCUUUUAAUAUGCCUAUCAAAUUUACGAAGGUCUUCUACAAUGAACAAAAUCACUAUGAUACAGUUACAGGAAAGUUCCAAUGCACCAUUUCCGGAGUAUAUUAUUUUGCAUAUCAUCUCAGUGUAUAUGCCUCAGAUGUGAAAGUUAGUUUAUUCAAGAAGGCCACGGCAAUCAUGAUCACCUAUGACCAGUACCGGGAAAACGAUGUGGAUCAGGCUUCUGGAUCUGUUUUACUCCAUUUGGAAUCGGGAGAUGAGGUCUGGCUACAGUUAUAUGGAGAAGAAAACAGUAGUGUCUAUGCUGAUAAUGUUAAUGAUUCAACUUUCAUGGGAUUUUUACUUUACCCUGAUUUGAACUACAAGUCGUAGAAUGGGGAUGAAGUAGGGAAGAUGGAAGAACAGCCAAGCAUGAUAUGGAUUCCAUUUUUCUUGUAGACUUCUGGUAUGUUAGAAACACAAAAUAACCUUGAAGGUGGUUCAAAUUUGAAUGUUUAUUGCUUGCAUAUUAUGAUGACUUGUAUGUGUAAGUCAGCAAAUAUUUGUAUUCCUUCAUACCAUUUCAAUGGUUUUCAGUUCAUAUAUUCAGUUAUCUUAUGCAAUAAUCAGAUACAAUGAAAUCAAGUAAUAAGCAUAUGCUGGAACAUGAGUAUGUGUGCACAAACACACAGAGACACAGGAUUUCAGCCUGUAUUCAAGAUAAUGUUACAGUAUGUUUACUUAUAGUUACACCAACAAAAAAUAAACAUUGAUUGGAUUAAUUUUGGAUUAGCAUACAUAGAGCCACUGUGGUUUGUAAACCAUAUUUUAUAGCUUUUAUAUAUUGUAUUAAGGCUUAAUGGAAUUUGGUUUUGGAUUAGCAUGUACUAUACAUACAACCACUAUGGUUUGUAACCCAUAUUUUAUAGCUUGGCAUGUUGUGUGAAUUUAGCUAAUUAUGAUUUAUUUAAUAAAUUAUGGUAAUAUCAUGUUGUGUGAAUCAAGCCAGUGAGAUAAAGCUUUAGCAUCACAAUUUUCAGAAUGAUUCUUAAAUUAAAAUUUCAGUUGCAUUUAAACUCA